UGCGACUGCGCGGGCAGCGUGUGGUGCGUCCAUCGCCGUUGACCUUUGCACACGUCGACUGCGCCUUGCUCCUCGUUUCCGUGUGCAGGACUGUAAGCAGAGAAAAGGGGCCACCUUUCGACGGAUGUCUUCAGCUUCUUCGUCGGGUGCGACGGCAGCGGAGCAACGGGUCCGUGUCCACGUCGCGGCCCUGGAGGGCGGCGGAGAGGGUAGACGUGAUGUGUUGACGCCCCGUGAGCUGCAGGCCGUGGCGGCGGCCGUGUCCACGAUCGUUCUUCGAUGUCAACAGGAGAGGGCGUUGGGGCGACUGAAGGAGCAGUUGCGCGUGCGUAGACGGAGGACAUUGACGCAAAAUCCGGACGAUGGGGUCAAAUACGUGGCGACGUCGGAGGCUGUUGUUCAGUUGUGCUACGUGUUGGGUUGCGGAGUGAUUCCUCGUGCGACGGCACGGUGGUGGGUGAAGCGCAGGACAGGAGGCACGUGGGAAGACCUCAGGCAAUGCGACGACGUGACAGACGACUACUUCCGGGAUAAGCUACGAAUGUCGCCGCGAGUGUUCCAAGAGAUCGCAGAGGCGUGUGCGCCUCAUCUUCAGCGGCGGGUCACGUUCUACAGGGAGCCUUUGCAGUCGGACUAGAUUGUGGCGUACUCACUGUACAGGUGGGCUACAAGGGAGACGUACGAGAGCAGCACGUGCAACUUCGGGAUUGGACGAACUUCUGGCCUGGUUGCCGUCCGCGACGUUACUGCCGCGCUGUUAAGGGUGUUCGGAGAGAAGAUCGCGUGGCCGACUGGAGUUCGUAAACUCGUGGUUCUGCAGGCGUUCGUUGAUAAAGGGUUCCCCAACUG